AAAUUUCUUAUGAAUCAGUUCCUAUUAAUAUUAGUACUAAGCCUCAUUUCAGUGAAUUGCUACUUUGGCCUUGAAGAAGUAGAUGUUACCUUAGUGUCUGACAAAAAAAUAUCAUUCAAUGGAGUCAUUACAAUUGUACCACAUACCGAAAACGUAGUCAUUUGGUUAUGCAAUAAAAAUAAAUUAAGUAUAUUGUUAUUUCUUAUAUUAAGAUUUAUUGCAUUUAAUAAAUGGUUCUGAAAUAGUAAAAAAGCUGUAUUUUUUGAAUGAUUAUAAGGGAUUCAUUGUGAGAUGUGGAUACAAGAUGAAGAUUGACAAAAAUGAACUAGGAUUACAUUAAAUUACAUUGCUAGCUAAUGACAGUAAUUGAGAACUCUUUUUUAAUUCUUCAUUGCAGAAUCCCACAAGAUUAUAUUGUCCUACCGAACCCAGAAUGACCGUGAGUAUACAAACGAUGUUAUAGAUUUAUUACCAAAUCUAUCAUGCCGAGUUGAUACAGAGAUGUUCAUUAUUGAAGAUUAUUUGGAUUCUUUUUGCCUUAGAAACUAGCAUUUCCCAUCCCUGACCGAAUAAUAUGAUUUAUG